CAACACUACAACAAUCAUCAACUUCUUCUCUAAUCAAAAGUUAAACACUUAAGACAUUGAAAGAAAAACAAAUGACGAAGAUUUUCUCUCUAUUGGUCGCAAUGAUCUUCUCCACAAUGUUCUUCAUGAAGAUCAGCUCAGUUUCUGCUGGUUGGUUGCAAGCUCAUGCGACCUUUUAUGGUGGAAGUGAUGCUUCUGGUACAAUGGGUGGAGCUUGUGGUUAUGGGAACCUAUACACAGACGGUUACAAGACAAACACAGCAGCGUUAAGCACGGCACUGUUUAACGACGGCAAGUCAUGCGGUGGAUGUUACCAAAUCGUGUGUGAUGCAACCAAAGUACCACAAUGGUGUCUUAAAGGAAGAUCAAUCACAAUCACAGCCACAAACUUCUGUCCACCAAACUUUGCUCAGGCAAGCGACGAUGGAGGAUGGUGCAACCCACCAAGACCUCACUUUGACAUGGCUCAGCCUGCGUUUCUAACCAUCGCUAAGUACAAAGCUGGAAUCGUUCCCAUUCUCUACAAAAGGGUUGGAUGUAGAAGAAGCGGAGGGAUGAGAUUUACGAUGAAUGGUAGAAACUAUUUCGAGCUUGUUCUCAUCUCAAACGUAGCAGGAGCUGGUGACAUCUCUAAAGUUUGGAUCAAAGGCUCUAAGAGCAACAAGUGGGAGACAAUGUCAAGAAAUUGGGGAGCUAACUAUCAGAGCAACACUUUCCUUAAUGGACAAUCUCUCUCUUUCAAAGUUCAACUCAGUGAUGGAAGCAUCAAAGCAGCUCUCAACGUUGUUCCUUCGAAUUGGCAGUUUGGUCAGAGCUUCAAGAGCAACAUUAACUUCUGAUCUCAGUAAUGAUGGGGUUUAUGGUUUUUAUCCAUCUUUUGUAUUUACUUUCAUUGGGUAUUUUUGCUUCCUCUGUUGCAUCAUCAUCGUCUGCGAGGUAAGCUGCUUGUUUUAUAGCCUUAUCAUAGUCUUGCUUCCGGAGAGUUUAUAAUCUGGAGAAGACUCAAGCAGUGAUGAUUGUAUUUGUACAUUCAUGAAGAAUAUGUUUACU